AUGAGUAAAGAAAGAAUAGUAGAAGUUGAUGAUAAACAAGUAGACCAUGUCAAGUUGGCACACACUAAAAUGGUUGAUGACGAGAGCGAUCGUGUAAACAAGUUGAUAGAGUCAUACGAAAAACUACAAGGAAAGAGUCAACAAGAAAAGAAUAAUAGAAAGUACAUAUAUACAGAGGGUAGGACUAUUUCUGGAGAUGAACAUCUUCAAGAGAAUAUGGAACGUUGGAAAAGUGAUCGUGAAAUUUUGCGUGAAAUGCAAGAUAUGGAAUACGAAGAGUCACUUGCCAAAGACAAGAAAUUACAACAACGCAAGCAGGAGAUUAUCAUUGACAAGGAAAAAGAGGUGCAAGAAAGACAAAAUAGAAUACAAUGGUUAAAAGAUAACCUUCGUCCAGAGCCAAUAGCUGCUGCUGCUGCUGCUGAUAUGGUAGUUGGUGAGAAUGGAUCAUCCUCUUCCUUUUCCUCUGCAUCAUCAAAUAUAUCAACUAUACAAAUUAAACUGCCAAGUGGUGCCACUCUUAAACGUAGAUAUUUAUUGUCAGAUACCAUACAAGAUAUCAUUGACUUUGUCGACUCUAAAGAGGUGGUACAAAAACCACGAUACUAUUUGGCAACCAAUAUUCCCAAACAACAAUUUAGAGAUACCACUGUCACUAUUCAAGACGCUCAACUAUAUCCUCAAGUUUCUGUCUAUGUCAUUGAAGAAUAG